CCGCCGAAAUUUGUCCGUGCGGGAGCAACUACUGUGUCCAAGAUGGCGACCGUAAAUGCUGGACAAAUUAUGAGCUUAGCAGCUCUACAGAGACAAGACCCUUACAUAAAUAAACUGCUCGAUGUUACAGGCCAUGUGGCACUUUACAACUUUAACUCCAAAGCGAACGAAUGGGAGAAAACAGAAAUCGAAGGCACGCUGUUUGUUUACGCGAGGUCUGCUUCCCCUCACCACGGCUUCACAAUCAUGAAUCGACUGAGCACAGAGAACUUGGUGGAGCCAAUUAACAAAGAUCUGGAGUUCCAACUGCAGGAUCCCUUUCUUCUCUACAGAAAUGGCAACUUGGGCAUCUACAGUAUUUGGUUCUAUGACAAGAAGGACUGUCAGCGCAUCGCCCAUCUAAUGGCCAAGAUUGUAAAACACGAAGCAGACCAUGCACAGAGAGACUCACCAGAGAGGGCAGAGCCUGCUCGGACCAACGGUGUCACAGAAGCACGGCCCAUUGACAUCCUGGAGCUUCUCAGUAAAGCUAAAGAAGAAUACCAGCGGGCUCAAGGAGGUGAACCAGAUAUUUCCACAGAGCCAAGUGUGAAAGUGAAAGCAGCCAUCAGUUCUACAGAGCAUGCCCUCAGCUCUCGGCAGCCUGAAAAGAGCACUCGCACAAUGGUGAAGCAGAUCACUGUUGAGGAGCUCUUUGGCUCAACGCUUUCUAAAGACCCCUCUCUGCCUGCCAUGCCCGUACACAGCGCCACCACGCCUUCCAGCGACCCCUCCUCUGUCUAUGUGCAGAAGCAGUCUUACCCCUCUCAGAAACCACUUUUCCCUUCACACCUUGGAGCUCAGGACCCAGGGUCCAACCAGUUGCACCAAGCUCCUGGCCUGCUUCCAACUCCUUACAAAUUACAUCCCAACUCUGUUUUCCAGUCCUCCAGGUCAGACUCCCGACCUCAGUGCUCUGCAUCCCCUCUCAUGGUACCUCCUGCUGUAUCAGAACCUUGUGCUGCCCCUGCUAGUUCUGUACCACCCCCAACUGUUUCCCCAACCUAUUUGGGACAGGAAAUACUCAACACACUGAAAUCAGCUGUGCCAUUAGUCAGUUCAGACAUCCACAAGCCCAUCCUUGCACCCAACUUCCUCCAAAGCACGCUCGUCCCUCCCCACAGCUUCCAAGAGAUAAUGGGAAAACCAAUGCUUCAGCACAGCAAAGAGAUGGAUGUUUUCUCCCAGUCUCCAAACCUAAUAAAGCCUGUUUCUACUGUCCCCAUGGGUUCAGGCCUGGCUGUUCCAGGAUCAGAGAUGUCUCUUCUACUCUCUCCCAGUGCCUUCCUGCAAUCUAUGAAUAAGACAACAGCAGCGGUAGCAUCAGGGGUUCUGCCUGUCUCCUCUGAGCCUACUUCCACCUCGUUAGGAGCUGUAGACCCUCCAGCAACUGUCUGCAGCAAAAAACAUCUGCAGGAGACUCUUAUCCACCUGAUUAAGAAUGACCCAGACUUCCUCAGUGCCAUUCAUGAUGCCUACCUGCAGACUUUGACCAAGGACUUGAGCAACAUGAAUCUAUAGUCCUACUGAUGCUUCCGGUGCUACAACCUGUGGGAAGACCUGAGUUUAGUCGGAGUUAAAGAAGUGGCGCAAACAGGUUUUUGAUGAGUCACAAAUCUUCAAAGCUAGUCUACACUCUGAGGGAUUAUUACAGCAUGCACUGCACUAUUCAAUCCUUUUCUAUUUAAGCACUGACUUGAAUGCUAAUGCUUUCCCAGAUACUUGGGUUAACUUGGAUCAGGCAUUUGACUGAUACAACUGAGCAGAGGUGCUGUGGGAGAGAAUGGUGAGCUAGAAAUUUCUUGGUGGCCUUGAGUUUUAUUUUUAUCACGUGAAAAAUUUUGUCAACGGACUAGUAAAGUUCACCUGUCGCCGGUUUAAUUCUCCAGAGGAUGGGAGUUGGAGCUUUUUUGAUCUUGGAUCAUUCAAUUGAGAUGCUUUUUUGCAUGUGUUUGGGGUUCUUGCGGUGCAAGAAUGAGGAAACACAGGCAGAAACUGCAAGUCCCGAGGCCCUUGCAGACAAAUGUUUCACUUUAAGAUGAACGCAUCAUCCCAAUUCUAAUUUUGUUUAAUGCCUGUAUAUUUUCUAUAACCGGACAGACUCUGUUCAGCAGGUGCAUUUUCCCCUCAUUCCUUGUCUGAGGGACAAUAAGAACUUGUGUUUGUUUGGAGAAGCACUUGUAUUUUGGAGCUCAAAUUAUGACUGAACUUUUCUUAAUGCGUUAUUACAGACUGAAAUAAUCGUAGAUCGACAGUUGAACCAUCUUCUUUGCUACUUUUUUCUUUUUCACUUCGACACUUGCUCAUGUUUUUUCUUUCUUGUCUCUGUUCACCAGCUGAGCUCACCGUUAAUGAUGGGGCGAUUUGUGCUAAAUGCAAAGCUUCAAUUUCUUUAGGAAUCUCAGCAUUUUGGAUAUUUUAAAGUGGUACAGUAAAGUUACAUUCCUACAAAUAUCUCACCCAUGCAGAGAACACAGAUUUCUUCAUGUUGAAUUCUUGUUUAUAUUAAACCAUAAAUAUGAGACAGAUUAAAAAUGGGGAACUGAUUGGCUUUUAAAAGCAUCAUAGUUUAUACUAGCAGAGCCACCUGAUCAGCCUCUAUUCCUGUUUCGCAAAUAUAUUCUUAGGCCACUGAUGUGUCUUAAGUUUAAGACCUAAAGACAGUGUAACUGGAAAUCUGGAAAUUUUGCAGUAAAAUUCUACUGCAGCAUAAAUUGGGUGGGAAGAAGCACACCUGUCUCCUCAAUCAUCAACUACAGAGUGAUGCUGUUGAUCAACAAAGAAAACCUGUGCAGUGGACCGUACUUAAAAAUGAUCAUUCCAAAAUCUCAUUGUUGCAAAACCAUGGAUUUAAUUGACGAUUUAAUGGUACAGUGAUGUUUGACAUGAAAAGGUUUAAUUCAUCUGCAUAAAACCUAAUAAUGUAAUCAAGCAAACAUUUAGAAAUAACCGAGUGUUGUAUAAUGAUUUAUUGACAUCACAGCCUUGUGUUUAGUUCUAACUGAAUGUACUUGGCUUUACUGGCAGCGUACUUGGGCCAGUCUUGGUUUUUUUUACCCAUUUCUGUCAUGCUAAAGCUGAAUUCAGAUCUACAGGUUUUAGCGCUGACUGUUACAUUUGUUUAUCUCCAUUGAGCAAAUUAAAAUGUCUGUUGCACAGAUGUUAUGUCUAAUUACCCUGUUACAAUUUUGGAUUUCAGGUGACUUACCAACAUUUCUGGUUUGUGUUGGUUAAAUAAACGCACACAGGAAGAAUGAUUAAAUGCAGAGAUUGUUUUUAAUCCAAGUCGCAUAUUUAAGAUUUUAUGGUUAUUUUAAGCGACAGCCUAAUUUAUCUUUCUGGCCAGAGAAUGCUUUUGUGAAACUCAUUGCAAAUUAUAUUAAUUUUCUAAGAUUGUUGUCAAUGUGCGUAAUUUGGUUUAUUAUGAAUAUUUUGAUAUUAAACUUCUGAAAAUA